GUGAAUAUAGUAGGAAUGCAAUUUAAUAUAUUAUUAUAAUGGUUCACAUAAAAAAUAUUUUGUUUUUGGGAUUGUUGAUAGUGAAUGAUGUGCACAGUUAUGGUGUAAAAACAGGAUCUUAUUCAGGAAGUAGUGCAAGCUCAUUCGCAAGUAGUGGUUCCUUUGCCGGCAGUGGUUCCUUUGCGAGCAGUGGUUCCUUGGCGGGAAGUGGUGCUUUCAGCGGCGAUGGAAGUGGUUCCUACAACAGCAUAGGUGCAGGAGCCUACUCAGGCCCAUCUGGAAGCGGAGUAUUUGGAGGACCAGGAUAUGGAUCCGGUCGACCUGGUUAUAUAAGUAACGUCAUACCUAUUGGACCAAGCUACGGGUCAGGAGGAGCCGGUAAUCGCCCUGGUUAUAUAAAUAACGUCAUUCCAAUCGGGUCAAGCUACGGGUCGAAAGGUGGUGCAGGAGGAGCACCAGGCGGGGCAGGUUGUACAAAGGGUUGUUCAAACGGCAAAACUGGUACCCACUAUACUGGUGGAUUCGGAGGUAGUCCUGGCGUCUUAGGAAAUCAAGGAAAACCAGGCACACACGCUGGAUUAGGAGCAGGAGCAGGAGCAGGUUCAGGUGCAGGUUCUUACUCCGGCUCUGGUGGUACUAGUGGAUCGGGUAGUUAUGGACCAGGUGUGGGAAGCGGUUCAGCAGGCCCUGGUGCAGGUUGCACAACUGGCUGUAGCAAUGAUGGUGUUGGGACCCAUUAUACUGGAGGUUUUAACGGAAGCCCCGGUGUGCUUGGGUCUCAGCAAAAACCAGGAACUCAUGUGGGUGCAGGAUCGGGAGCCGGCAGUAUUGCCGGUAGUUCCGCAGGUAGCAUAGGUGGAACUUUUGGAUCAUUACCAAGCUAUGGUAGUGGCUCAAAGCCGAGUCCAGGCAGUUACGGAACUCCAGGUGCAUUUGGUACACCAGGUACUUAUGGUGGCCAUAGCCCAAGUGGUCCCGGCUCCUCGGGAAGUUAUGGAGGUCCAGGCGUUCAUGGUGGCCCUGGAGUUCCCAUUGGUCCCGGCGGUAACGGUAGCCCUGGAUUACACGGUGGUCCUGGCGUACACGGAGGUCCCGGCGUUCCCGUCGGUCCCGUAGGCCCUGGCAUACCCGGAGGUCCGGGCGUACCCGGAGGCCCAGGCGUACCCGGAGGACCAGGCGUACCCGGAGGCCCAGGCGUACCCGGAGGCCCAGGCGUACCCGGAGGCCCAGGCGUACCCGGAGGCCCAGGCGUACCCGGUGGCCCAGGCUCCGGUGGUUAUUCAGGAAGCCCAGGUUACUCGGGUACUCCAAGCAUUCCCGGUAGUUAUGGCAGCCCAGGUAUUCCUGGUACUUCAGGUAGUCCGGGAAGUAUUGGCGGUUAUGGCGGUCCCCACGGUUCUAGUCCAAGCAGCCCCGGUCCAAAACCUGGAACUGGGGCCGGUAUAUUUGGCCCAGGAGGAACCGGUGGAGGCGGAAAAUAUCCUCUAGUACAAGGAGGAUCUUCAGCUGGUUCUGGUGCAUUUUCUAGUGCUACUGCAGGUAGCGGAGCAUUUGGAGGUGCUUCGGGUAGUCCAACAUAUGGUUCCAGCCCAGGUUUUCCAAGCUCCGGAAAACCUGGAUACGUAGGCAGCAGUCCUGGAAGUCCAGGUUUCGGUGGUAUUCCAAGCAGCCCAAGUUACGGAUCCGGUCCCGGUAGUCCAAGCCCAGGAAAACCAGGGUAUGGAGCAAGUAGUCCUGGAGCUCCAGGUGCACCAGGUUCUCCAGGGUACGGCUCAGGACCAGGCACUCCAGGAAAACCAGGACCUGGUGGAAGCGGUUUUGGAAGCCCAGGUUUUGGACCUGGAAGUGGUAUUCCAAGCAGCCCAGGUUACGGAUCCGGUCCCGGUAGUCCAAGCUCAGGAAAACCAGGGUAUGGAGCAAGUGGCCCUGGAGCCCCAGGUGCACCAGGUUCUCCAGGUUAUGGUUCAGGACCAGGCACUCCCGGAAAACCAGGACAUGGUGGAAGCGGUUUUGGAAGCCCAGGUUUUGGACCUGGAAGUGGAGGCAAACCAGGAUAUGGAAGUUCGAACAAACCAAAGUGCGAAGAAGAAGAUGACUGCUCUGAUGAUAAUGAUUAUGACUAUGACUCCAAAUAUGGAUCAGGUUCAACUGGUUCCGGCGCCGGGUCAACAGGCGGCUCAGGAUCGUAUAUAAUGAAACAUCCAGGAACGGGCGGACUACCGGUAAAUACAGCUUCUGGACCAACCUAUGGACCAGGAAGUUCUGGCAAACCUGGAUUUGGAGGUAAACCUGGAUUUAGUGGUACUGGAUCUGGUUCACAUGCAGGCCCAUCAUAUGGAAGUGGACCCGGUUCAAGUGGCCCAACGUUUGGAGGUGGUUCAAGUUUGAGUGGCCCUGGUUCUAGUUUACACUCAAGUCCAUCAUACGGAAGUCAUCCAGGUUCGAGUGGUCCUGCAUCCAGCCCACAUGGUAGCGGUACGCAUUAUACUGGAGGAUUUGGCGGUAGUCCGGGCGUUUUAGGUAAUCAACCGCAACAAGGAUCAAGUGUUGGAGCAGGAGCUGGGGCUUAUUCCGGUUCUGGAUCUGGAGUGGGCGGUGCAGGCGUCGGCGGUGUAGGAGUUGGCGGUGUUGGAUCACCGUACAGCCCUGGCGCUGGCGGAAGUGGACAAAAAGCUCCCGCUGGUGUAGGCUGUAUGACUGGUUGCACAAAUGGUGGAAAAGGAACUCAUUAUACUGGAGGAUUUGGUGGCAGUCCAGGUGUGUUAGGCUUGCUAGGAGGAGCAGGUAUAUUACGCGACGUAAAUUCUUCUCUUGUUCACUAUAUAUUGAUUUAG